UCACUGGCGGAGUGGAAGCCAGUCCCGGCACGGACGGGGAAAGUUCUGAGUAAAGUUGGAUAAGCGGACGGAGCUGGUCAACAUGACGGGGUCCAGAAAUCGGACCAAACGGUUUGCCGCUUGGGAGAGGAAAUCUGUGUCUUGGACGAGACUGAAUUAUGGAAAUGGAAAGUGAAGAAGAAAAAUGGGAGAAGCUGGAUGCGGAAUUUGAUCACUUUGUGGUAGAUAUGAAGCCCUUUGUUUUAAAAUUAACCCAUAGGUCAGAACGGCAGAGGUGUGCACUUUGGAUUAGAAAACUGUGUGAGCCUUCAGGAACAGGUGCAGGAAUCAUGGGCAGGAAGAAUCGGAACCUAUAUGCAAAACUGUUACUGCAUAUGCUUAAGCGAGGAGUGCUUGAAGGCCCGUUUACACACCAACCUGAACCAGGGACACUGAAAACUUUACCUUCGUAUAUGUCCAUCUAUUUUGAUGAACCAAAUCCAGCACGAGCAAAAGGUUCAAGCCCAGAAGGAUUACCAGACUGGGUAAUGGGUGAGCUGGGGACAAGUGAACACAAAUUGGAUGAAUCAUGGAAGCUUUCUUCUGGAGAAGAUUACUCUUUGUUACAGUUGCCAGCUGAUGUCCACAGUAGGGAACAGUACACUACAAAGCUCCAAACAAGAUCCCAUUCUAUGAACCCAACCUACAGAGAAGAUGGACAAAAUACCACCCCAGAGAGUUGUGAAAUUCAUCCGAAAAAAUCUCUUUCCUUGGAUGACAGCAACAUCGAGGCUCGCCUUAACAGUUGGAAUCUUGGGAUAGAAAAUCCUCGGUACCUGAGACAGAAGCCUCUCCCAGUUUCUCUGAUGACUCCCAAAUUCAGCCUGAGAAAAUCCAGCAGUCUUCAUGAUGAUCAUUUACUCUCUCGAAUGCAUGAGAAAGAGUUGGACAUGAAAACAAAAAUGAUGGAAGCUAAAUAUCAUGAAGAGAAGCUUAAACUGCAGCAGAAACAUGAUGCUGAUGUUCAGAAGAUUUUAGAAAGAAAGAAUAAUGAAAUAGAAGAAUUGAAAACUUUAUACAAAAAGAAACAAAAUGAAAUGGAGGAGACUAUUAGAAAACUUGAAAAGAAAGUUCAGACCCUUAUACGUGACUGUCAAGUUAUCAGAGAGACUAAAGAAAACCAGAUUGCAGAGCUCAAAAAGAUAUGUGAACAAAGUACGGAAUCUCUGAAUAAUGACUGGGAAAAAAAGCUUCACAAUGCUGUAGCAGAAAUGGAAAAGGAGAAGUUUGAUCUUCAAAGGCGGCACACUGAAAAUAUUCAAGAAUUGCUUGAGGAUACAAAUGUACGUCUGAAUAAAAUGGAGGGUGAAUACUUGGCACAAACACAGUCCACAAACCAGAUGGUCAAGGAACUGGAGUCCCGUGUCCAGCAGCUGACUGGAGAAGCAGAGAACAGUAAUUUACAGAAGCAGAAAUUAAUUCAAGAAAAAUUGGAACUUGAGAGAUGUUACCAGAUAACAUGUAGUGAAUUACAAGAAGUAAAGGCAAGGCGCAACACACUGCAUAAAGAGAAAGAUCAUCUUGUAAAUGAUUAUGAACAAAACAUGAAACUAUUACAAACCAAAUAUGAUGCUGAUAUAAACCUUCUGAAAAAGGAACAUGCCAUUUCAGCUUCUAAGGCAUCUGAUAUGAUUCAAGAAUUAGAACAGAACAUCUGUCAAUUGAAACAGCAGUUACAGGAAUCAGAACUUCAAAGAAAGCAGCAACUAAGGGAUCAAGAAAAUAAGUUUCAGAUGGAGAAAAGUCAUUUAAAACGCACCUAUGAAAAAAAGGUUCAUGACUUGCAGAGUGAACUUGAUAAAGAAAAAGAAGAUGCUCAAAAGAAAAUCCAAAAAUUGGAGGAAGCUUUGAAGGAAAAAGAGGAGCAGCUAACCCGUGUGACUGAAGUUCAGAGGUUGCAGGCCCAGCAGGCAGAUGCUGCUCUAGAAGAGUUUAAGCGGCAGGUGGAACUGAACUCAGAGAAAGUCUAUGCCGAAAUGAAAGAGCAGAUGGAAAAAGUGGAAGCAGAUCUAACUAGAUCCAAGUCUCUUCGUGAGAAACAAUCAAAGGAGUUUUUAUGGCAGCUGGAAGAUGUCAAGCAACGAUACGAACAGCAGAUAGUAGAGCUGAAGCUGGAGCAUGAACAGGAGAAGACGCACCUAUUACAGCAGCGUAACGCAGAGAAGGAUAGCCUAGUCCGAGACCAUGAACGGGAAAUUGAAAACCUGGAAAAACAGCUUCGCGCUGCCAAUAUGGAGCACGAAAAUCAAAUUCAAGAGUUCAAGAAACGAGAUUCACAGGUUAUUGCUGACAUGGAGGCCCAAGUGCACAAGUUGAGAGAAGAGCUGGUUAAUGUGAACUCACAGAGGAAGCAGCAGCUGGUAGAGCUCGGUCUUCUUCGUGAAGAGGAGAAACAAAGGGCUGCAAGGGACCAUGAGGCUGCUGUCAACAAACUGAAGGCUGAAUCAGAAAAGAUGAAAACAGAGCUGAAAAAGACUCAUGCUGCUGAGACAGAGUUAGCAUUGGAAAAGGCCAACAGCAGGCUGAAGCAGAUUGAGAAGGAAUAUACUCAGAAGCUUGCCAAGUCUUCUCAGAUCAUAGCAGAGCUUCAGACAACCAUUUCCUCUCUGAAAGAGGAGAACAGCCGGCAGCAGCUUGCUGCAGAAAGGCGGCUCCAGGAUGUUAUACAGAAGUUUGAAGAUGAGAAGAAGCAGCUGAUUAGAGAUAAUGACCGAGCAAUCAAGGCUUUACAAGAUGAACUAGAAAACCGCUCUAAUCAAGUGCGAUGUGCAGAGAGAAAACUACAGCACAAGGAGCUGGAGUCACAGGAACAGAUAACUUACAUACGACAGGAAUAUGAAACAAAAUUCAAAGGGUUGAUGCCAGCAUCUCUAAGACAAGAACUUGAAGACACCAUUUCCUCCCUAAAGUCACAGGUUAACUUUCUGCAAAAGAGAGCAUCCAUCCUUCAGGAAGAACUGACUGCAUACCAAGGCAGAAGGUAACUGCCUGAAGACUUAGCUAAGUAACACAAGAGAGUGCAAUGGAUUCGACUGUCUGGGCUGCUCUGUGGACCUCUUCCAGCAGGUUUGCAGAUUUGGAUAUUGUAAAGUAAACUGUGAGAUCAGUGGCAUCUUUUAAUACAUAAAUGUAAUUAAGACCAUAAAAACAUACAUCACUCAUACACUAAUGGGGUGGUUUUAUUUGUGUCUGCCUAAGUUAUUUUUUUAACAUUCCUUUAUUUCUGAUUUCCAUAUUUGUGUGCAUUUGAGUGUGUACUGAGAAUGGCUUAUAUUGGGAAAAGAAAUGAUUUCUUAUGAUAUGCCUUGUUAAUGCUCUUGCAUAGAAUUUUACCAGUCACGUAUGAUCAAAAUCACGUUUGUAGUAUCAUAUCAAAAUUUUCACGUUUAUGUUGUUUUCAUGUUCAUGUUCAUAUAUUAUUAAAAUAUUAUUUUGUACAUAUCA